GGUACGCGGGAGUUGAUCGUCGCGCUGACCUCGCAUCGGACAUUCUCGCUCCGGCUUCCCGGGAAACGUUGGUGGUCACCGAGACCGUUACAACCGCAGAGAGCCGUGUGUCCGAGUUCAGGCAGUUGAAAACCAACGCGUACCAAACAAAAUCGUUCAAGUCGUUGAUUUCAAUUUUUUUAGUGAACGAAACCUUUUCUAGAAAACAUCACGAAUUAAAAAAAAGAAGGGGAAAAAAACACGUUGUUCCAACCAAUUCGCAAAGUUGAGUAUGUUCUAACCUUACGUAAUUACCUCUACAAAUGAAUUCUUCUUUCUGGUAGGAAAAUAGUUUGACCGACAAAAAAAUUAAAAAAAAAAAAGAGAACGGCUAGGCUUGAAAACAAGGUAUGCAAAUUUCGAGAAGCUCGAUGUUGCGAGAAAACAACCUACUCUUCCCUGUGCUGACGAGCAACAGCCAUUCUAAGCCGAAUGACAAUGCUUCUCUAAACAGGAUGGGCCGCGCGGAGUCGCUGGCCUCGGACUGGGCGGACGACGGCGGCGCCGCGACGCCGAACCACCAGCACAGCAACCACCACGACAACCACCACCACCACCCGCCGUCCAGCGGCUCCGGCUGCAGGUUCAAGGUCGGCAUCUACGGCUGGAGGAAGCGCUGCCUGUACCUGCUCAUCCUCGCGCUCAUGGUGAUGGUCAUCGUCAACCUGGCGCUCACGCUCUGGGUGCUCAAGGUCAUGGAGUUCUCGUCGGAGGGCAUGGGCCACCUGCGCAUCGUGACGGGCGGCGUGCGGCUGAGCGGGCAGGCGCUGGUGCUGGACGCGCUGGUCGCCUCGUCCAUCCGCUCCAGGAAGAACCAGCCCGUGGUCGUCGAGUCCUUCAGGAACUUCACGGUGAACGCGCGCGACGAGGCGGGCCGCGUCGCCAACCGGCUGGUCCUCGGCAAGGAGCGUCUCGAGUGCGUGUCCAGAGGGUUCAGGGUCACCGACACCCGGGGCACUGUGCUCUUCUCCGCCGACAAGGACGAGGUGCUGGUGGGCGCCGAGGUCCUCAGGGUCACAGGCGAAGGAGGCGCUGUGUUCGACGGCACAGUGCAGACCACGAUGGUGCGGGCAGACUCGGGCCACGAACUCAGGCUGGAGUCGCCCACGAGGUCUCUGGAGGUGCGCGCGCCGCUCGGGGUGCUGAUCGAGUCCAGGGCCGGAGACAUCGCCGCCACGUGCCUCACCGACCUCAAGCUGCAGUCCCUGGCUGGAGCGGUGAGGCUGGACUCGUCCAACGUGUACCUGCCGGGGCUGCGGACGGCCAAGCCGCCGGGCAGCGGCGCCUCGCCCGCCCGCCAGCUCCAGCCGCCGAGGCAGCCGCGACACCAGAUCUACCAGCUGUGCGUGUGCAGCAACGGCAAGUUGUUCCUGGCCACGCCCGAGGGGCUGUGCGCGGCCGACGACGACAGCCUGGUGUGCCGGUGAGGCGAGCCGCGCCGUCCGGGUCCUCGCGAACACGAGACGGAACGGGGACGGACCGGAGCAAGGAGAGGGAAUCCAGCAGGAGCGACGAAUACCGAACGGGGAUCCGCGCACAGAAGCGUUCGUGACGGUUCGGGCAACAUCGGAGACCAUCGGACGCCAUCGUUUGCGAUCGUGUGCAAUCGGUAGCCAAUCGGGUGCCAUCGGUGUCAAUCGGAUGCAAUCGGGAGCCCUCGGGCGUCAUCGGAUGCAAUCGGGAGCCCUCGGGCAUCAUCGGAUGCAAUCGGUAGUCAUUCCGAGUGCUUUCGGCAGCAGUCGGGAGCCAUCGGCAGCGAUCGGGCGCAGCAGGAAGCGCAUCGAGAAGUUUCGGCAGGGCGACUCCAUAAACAGCUACCGCUUGCAGUUACGUGUGUGUGGAGUUAUCCGAGAAGAACCAUCGUAUUGAGUUGCGACCAGGUGAAUGCACAACCAUGAAGCUAUCAGUACUAUUGCCUAUUCUUUGAAAUUGGUUUUUACAACGAUCGUGCAGGAGCUUAAGGAACUUGAGCUUUAUUUACAAGAACGAGUGUGAGUUGAACAUAACUUCAAAAAAAGUUCAUGUUGUUCAUUAAUUCAUGUGAUUGGACGAAAGUGAUAUUUGAAAUACAGACAAUUUGAACGCAGGUCUUCCUCUAACUAAUGCUUAAAUAUGAAAAGGUUUGUGUAUGUUAGGUUGAGCUAAAAUUAAUAAACCCAAUUUGUGUUUGUGAAAUAUCCAAAGCAAUUUACUGUUAGGUUACAGUAUUUCGAAAAUAUUUUCUUUUUAUGGUGUUAAGUUAUAGAUAGUAUCUCAAGUAAAAUAAUUACAAAUUUUCAUGCAAUUUUAAACUGCAUGUGCUAUUCUUUUAAUAUUCUGUCAAAUAUUAAGAUCAUUUUUAUUAUCACUACAAGUAGUAAUUUGUUCUGUGAAUCAGAAAAUAUUAUUAAUUUGUAGUUUGUCCUAAGCAAUUCAAGUGAUCAUAGCUAGCUAAAUUAUAUGUUGUAGAUUUUCAUUUUGAUUAUUUUAUAUUUUAUACUUUUUAUAUGGUAGGUUUGAAAACGUUAAUUCCAAAAACUAAAAUUUUGUCUAUUUAUUUAAACUGAGAUCAAAUAAAAUAACCCAGACUUCUAGAGAAAUCUCAUAAAAAUUUUCCUUUUCAUCUGUUUUAAUGCUAUAAUAAUCUUUGAAAUGCUCACCUCCAAAAAAUAACAAGCAGACUUAUGUUCUGAUAUCCAAAAUUUUCGGUUUUUUUUAACACAAAAAUACAUAUAAAAAACCAUUACUUUUUCAUUAUCUCUAAACAUAAAAUGUAUUUAAUUCACAUUACAGAUUUAAUAAUAAUUCUUAUUGACUCAUCUUUACUUAAAAAUCACAGUAUUUAGUGUAUGUAUUCUUAGUUUUUAUUUGAUUUAUUUAUUUCGUCACAUUUUUAUUUUAUUUUAGAGAGAGGACAAUUCGUAACAACAUGGCUUUUAUUGUAAAGUACAAUUCAUUUUUCUGUUCUUUGUCAUUUCGUGUCUCCUACUUUAUCUUACUUUAUUUACCGGUUUUAAGAUAACGUCAGGGUCGGAGGAAUCAUAAACUUUAAAAGAAAUAAUUGUUAGUUGAUCAGUAAUAGUUGUAUUGUUUCAAUAUUUAUCUUAGUCUUUUGCGAAGUAUUACAGUAACUAUGGCAAUGUCUUAAUUUUGAAUUAAGUUUUCUUUGCCAAAGCAGUGGAAGUUUUCAAAGAAAGUGUUUUACUGGUUACUGUAGUGAAUUUCAUGUUUAUUUAAUUUUUUUGUUUAAUAUUCUAUUUCGCUAUAUUAUAUUUAAAAUCCCAGCUACUUCAGACUAUAGUAUCUAUCGAAUCAGAUAAAAAAAAUUUUGAAAGUAAUCAGCAGUGGUCAACAGGAAUAACAUUUCCCAAUAAAUGCUAAAAGUUCACCUUGGAAAAAAAUUAAAUAUGAAUUUCCAGCCUAGGUUUAUAACUCGGAUAUCUCUGAAAGGCGAGCUUAACACUUAACUUUCUGGCUCUAUUCUAUCAGUUAAUCAGUAUAUAAAUUGGCCCCCAUUUGUUACGACAAACUCUUAGUUUCUUAGUUUGCAAGUCAUAUUUACCUACUAAGCUUUGGAGAAUUUCAAAAAAUAAAACAACUUACGAAAAUUCUCUGUUUUUCAGCCAAUUAGAUUGAUGACACUACCAUAAUGUUUGGAACUUCAGCGGUAUGACAGGUUUUAAUAUUUUCUUGAUAAAUAUUAUCAAUAAGAAAUUGUUUCGCAAAACUUCAAUACUCUUAUCGGAGGUCACAUAUGGACCACAAACCCAAUUUAUGAAGUUUUUCAUUAAGUAAAGUAAAAUGUUUAGGUUUUAAUCACUGUCACAAUUUAUUUGUCACAGUUUAUUUGUCACAAUGACCCAAAUAAUUUUAACCAGAAUAGGUUUAUUGGUUAGAAGCAUCCAAAUCUGUUGCGUCUUUUGACAUGUAGUUUGCUAAUCCUAUGUAUGACCUAAACAUCAUCUCAUUAAAAACUCCGGCUUUUUCAUUUAAUUAAUCCUUGAUAAAUUUCUGGCACGGAGUGGAUCAGUCUAUUUCAGCGUACGUUCAAUAAUAGUCUUUACGUUUUAAUUUACACAAUGGGCAUUAUGUUAUAUAGCCACUGAAAAUCAAGAAUAUAUUUAGUAUGCCAAAUUUAAAUUCCAUGCCUCCUUACUUAGCUCUUGGUGUUAUUUUAGAACUUUUACAUUUAUCUAAAUUACCCGAACAAUAUUUAACUAAGUCCAAUUUUAACAUAACUUAUUGUACAAAAAAUAAUUAUUAGGAAAAUGACAUUAGGAAAUGUUCUAAGAAAUACCAAUAAAACUGUUGAAAACAGAAUUACCUCAACAAUAUUUAAACUAAAAAUAUUUUUUUAAAACUAAAUGUUUAAAUAAUUAAUUUUUUAAAAUAUUGACUACAUUAUUUAUCAUGGUCUGGGGCCGAAACUAAACCUAAUAUAUAUACAAGUAUUUAGUACUUGUAAAGAAUGAAUCUAUAGUAAAAACAUUUUUGUCUCAUUUCAUCAAAUGAACGGCUAGUUAGCCUACUAAUUUUUUUUCUUUUACCCCUGUGUUUCAGCACAAUAUCACUUGUAAAGGUAACUUAAAAAAAUAUACUAGACACAAGUGCGGUAAUAUGUUUCCCUACAAUUGAAGUAAUAAAUACAAUUUUUGUUACUGACAGCAGCGGAGAGAAAUAAUUUAAAACCCUACAUAUUUAAUUUUGUUUAUAAAACAAUAUGUUCUGUUUAUAAGAACUUUUUAGCUUGUGUUUUUAUUAUGACCGCUGUAUUUAAAAUGCAUAUAUGUAUCAAUGUUUAAACUAACAAAAAACAUUGUGUUUGGUGAGAUCGAAGACAAUGAUUUAAGGUCUUAAGACUUAAUCUUACGGCAAAUUGAUUAUUAAAAAUUUUUUUCUGCAGCUUAGUGCAAUCAUUAUGAUAAUUGUAAUAGUUUCUACAAGAAAUUAAUAAAAAAAUAUAAGUUAUUGUUUUCCUAGAUGUUUAAUUUUCACUGAAGUUAGUAAUGAACUGAUUGUAUUGCAUUUCUAUUACAUUUAUCUUAAAAGGUUAAAAAAUUUGUUCUGACAAUAUUUUAUUUUACUAUCAACUUUUACGACUGUAUACUGCAAAGUAAUACUCUUAGACAUAUCACUUGUAUAUUUCGCAGUAUCUUCAUGUUGUAACUAAAAGCUUAAUUCAUACUUAAAUUGUACAUAUCGUAUGAAUACGUGUGUAAAUAUCUCGCUCAGUAUUUGAAAUUAGCUUCUCCGUUGCCUUAACUUAGAUUGCCUCACUGAGCCACACGCCCUUGAUUGGAAAAUGUGAAAGCAGCGUGGCUAACGCUAAAUGUGUUAAAGAAUAGAUGUUAACUAUGAAAUGUACAGUGAAUAUUACGUGCAGUUGCUAUGACUGGUUAGAAUGUAAAGUUGAACGAUGUCAUAGAAUAAAUAUAGUAUUGUUUUUA